CGCUACGACACGCGCAACGUGGCCGUGUUGUCCAUGGCCGUCGUGGCUCAGGACGUGCCGGACACGCCACCGCGGUUCCUGGACGUUCCGCCUGUGGUCACGGUCUCGGACUCGGCGCCACCCGGCACAAGCGUCCUGAAGCUAACAGCAGUCGACGGCGACUACGGCAAUCCCAGAAACCUGACCUAUCUCCUCGACAAAGAGAACCCUUGGUCUAGCCACUUCGGCGUCAACCCGCAGACCGGCGAAGUGAAGACGACUCGACCGAUAUCGGAGCUGGCCGACAAGUACGGAGGCACGGCUGUAUACAUCCUCAAAGUCAUGGCAGGCAAGCCAGAUGGUGCGAUGGAAGCCGAGUAUGGUGUCUUAUAUGUGUCCUAA